CUGAUACAGCGGCUCGAUCGUUCUGAGGCAACUGUGAGGGCGUGAGGGGAAUUUUCACUUCUGCCUCGCUUCUCCCCAAACACCAUUCACUCCCGGCUCAUAUGAGGAGCCAAUAUUUCCUGCUAAAACAAACACUUUUGUGUCUGGGUCAUAUUUAGCAUCCGGCCAUAACUAAUUGAUUUGCGCUCACGCUGAAGGAGAUCGUUGUGGAAGCAGGGAACUCCUCUGUGGUGGAGGACUAGGAUCAGUUUCUAAUUAGUCCCAACAUGAACAUCCCGCUGACUAGUUUCCAUCCUCUGCUGAACCAGGAGCCUCCGUUAGCCAAAUGUCUGACACGCACAGCUGCAGAAUGGGAGAUGUGCCGUCCGGUCACUCCCUUUCGCUCACGGUCUCGGACCCGCGAGCCCCGAAGGCCGCGGCCCCUCGGAGAGCGGGCCGCUCCACAAGACAGGAAGCAGCUUGAGAGAAGCCAGCAGUCGAGGCUGUGGGAAGGCAGAGGACAGGGUGGGAGAGAAGGGGAUUUCCUCAUAUGGUGUUUGGGCUUUUAUCAAAAGGGUGCAGCCCUUAUCUGCUUAUCCGAAGUAUAAAUACGUGAUUAAUCUGGGGCCGAUCGCCUCAUUAUGGUGUGAUUGAGAUUUUAAAAACCUGAUAACGUGGAAGGAAGAAUGAUCGCUUUAUAGUAAUGAUUUUUUUUUUUACUGAAUUUAGACUUUGGAUGAUGCUCAAGAGCACCAGAAUGAGCUAAACGAGCACAAGCAAUGGUCUUGUCUUGUCAAAGUUGCACGAGGCGGUGAACAGCCCCUCUCUAUGCAAAUAGGCUGGCAUCGUCCAGGCUGCGUCCUCCUCAGGCGACGCGUUCGUCCUAUCGACCACACGCUCGGCUUGGCCGAACUCCCGUAUUAAUCAUUCAGAGGCUGUGCCGUCAUUCCGACGGGGAUCUCUGCUCACUGUGUCUUUAAAGAGGGGAGCCUAUACUCCGAGGAAAGGAGGGGGCUGCUGUGCGCCAGUUGGAGGUGUCUGCCUGUCGCAGCGGCUUGGACUUGACAUUAAGAAGAGCGCGUCCAUGCUCCGGCGCGGAGAUCUGGCGCAAUUUGGAGACGCGGACAGUCGGUCCGAGCGGCUUCCGGGCGGAUACUCAUCACCGCGAGGAUUCAUGGACGGACACAGAAAGGCUGCGUUUGAAAUUAACUUAUCGGCCGGUGCACGGAAUCUAAGGAUAUAAUGGGGAACACGACGCCUAAACCUUUGAUAGACGCGUCUCUGCAGCCCCGCCCGGUGGCCAGCCGGCAGUACUGCACCCUGCCCAACCACGGGCCCACGGGCGUGGAGAGGCGGAGCCCGGCCGGCGCCGGCGCCGGCGCCGCCGCGGAGCCGCCGCGCUUCCACCCCCACGCCAAAGGCAAGAACAUCCGCCUGGACGGGCAGCUGCGCCGCGCCACGCGCAGGAGCAGCUUCUGCAACGGCGUCACCUUCAGCCACCGGCCCGUCCACCUGUACGAGAAGGUGCGCCUCCGCUUGACCGGCGUGCACACGGGCUGGAGCGGAGCCCUGCGCUUCGGCUUCACCAGCCUGGACCCCGGCGAGCUGGACGCCGCCGACAUCCCCAAGUACGCCUGCCCCGACCUGGUGACCCGGCCGGGCUACUGGGCCAAGGCCCUGCCCGAGAGGCUGGCCCUGAAGGAUAACGUGCUGGCGUUCUGGGCCGACCGCCACGGCAGGGUCUUCUACAGCAUCAACGAGGGCGAGCCCAUCCUCUUCCACUGCGGCCUCAGCAUCGGAUGCCCGCUGUGGGCCAUCGUCGAUAUCUACGGCAUCACUCAGGAAGUCACGCUGCUCGAGAGCGCCUUCGCCGAGAGCGUGGGCUCCAGCUGCCUGAGCGCCGCCCGCCUCAGCGCCUACCUGCCCCAGAGCAGCCACGACUCGGCCAACUACAGCAACAACCGGCUGGAGAGCGACCAGGCCGCCGCCGCCAAGAUGGCCACGCUGCAGCUCAGCAGCUACGCGCAGCUCAUCCCCUCCGCCUCCGGCGCCGCCUCCGCCGCCCCGCGGCCGGCCCGCGGCCCGCCGGCGCCGCUGGACAACGACCUGCGCUUCCACCCCGUCCGCGGCGCCGACGUCAUCCUCUCCGCGGACCGCUCGGCCGCCUGCACCCAGUUCCUGGACAGCAGCCGCACGCUGGUGUUCAGCGACCGGCCGCUGCACGUGGGCGAGGCCCUGUACGUGGAGGUGGGCCACCUGGGCCUGCCCUACUUCGGGGCGCUGUUGUUCGGCCUGACCUCCUGCGACCCGGCCGGCCUGCACGCCGGGGAGCUGCCGGCCGACCCGGAGGUGCUGCUGGACCGCAAGGAGUACUGGGUGGUGCACCGCGGCUUCCCCACGCCCUGCUCCGGGGACGUCCUCAGCUUCAGCGUGCUGCCCAACGGGGAGGUGCACCACGGGGUCAACGGGGUGGGACGGGGCAGGCUGCUCUGCGUGGACUCCUCUCAGGUCCUCUGGGCCUUUUUCACCCUGCACGGGGCCGUCAACCGACUCAGGAUUCUAGGAACGCAGCAGGCCAGCCCCCCCCCCACGUCCCCCAGCACGUCCCAGAGCAGCAGCCCGGACGACAGCGACUCGGACCUGGCGUUCAGCGUCAACAGAUCGUCCUCGGCCUCCGAAUCCUCCCUGGUGACUGCUCCCAGCUCCCCCCUCAGUCCCCCGGUCUCCCCCACCCUCCCUGCCUCAGGACCGCCGCCCCCUGCUGGCAAGAGCGGAGAAUGCACCAUCUGCUUCGACCAGGAGGUGGACACGGUCAUCUACACCUGCGGACACAUGUGCCUGUGCAACGACUGCGGCCUGAAGCUGAAGAGGCAGAUCAACGCGUGCUGCCCCAUAUGCCGGCGGCCGAUCAAGGACGUGAUCAAGACGUACCGGCCGUGAAGCCCACCGCUCCUCUCUCUCAGGCUUUGUCUUUGACUCUGACAGGAGAUAGCCACUCCAGGCCUCUGCGUGCCUACAGCCCGUGCUCUAUGGGUGAAUCAUUUCCUGGAUCUCGACUAGACGCUUCCGGCACAGGACUGUGACUGCGCUCACUCAAACUGUAUACGUGAGCUCCUAUAUUUUGACAAUAUGAAGCGUGUGCUCCUGUUCCGUAUCCACCAUGUGACGUCCGUGCCGAGCAUCUGCCGAUGGAUCUGCUGCCAAUGCUCCGUCCUCUUAGAUUCGCGUGUGCUUCAGCAGGGCCGCAGUCUGCGGCUCCCAGUGCCUUAGAUCGUUGUCACCUUGUGUGUAAUUAUGCGAACGACCCCAGCCAUAUUUUUCAGCGUGCGGCCCUGACGGUUAACGAGGCACGCGGGCAUUUUGCGAAAGGUGUAAAAAGUAUGUGGGAAGAUGUACAGAAGCGUGUGUGGUAGUGUGAAGGAAGGUCUGUAAAAGUGAACAAAAGAAGUGUUUUUGCACAUUGAGAAUCUAUUAAAGUGGAUUAAAAUGA